AUGAAUCCAGUCCUUGUAACUCACACAAACUCCCUCCAUUCCGAGUAUAGUCGAGAAGAUAUUGAAUCAUUUGCGCACAGGGGUUGUGGAGACCGUUGCAUCAAUAGACUGUGCUAUGUUGAGUGUGAUCCGAGCACAUGUCCUUGUGGAGAUGAUUGCACGAACCAAAUGUUCCGUCGUCAUGAAUACCAGAAAUUGGUACUCUUUUAUGAUGAGCAAAAAGGAUGGGGAGUGCGCACCGAUGUUUUCAUUCCGCGCGGUACAUUCAUUAUCGAAUACGUUGGCGAAGUGAUUUCUCAAAAAGAAAGCGAGUACCGAAGACAGGUAGGAAAACGGCAAGGCCAGAUGCACAUGUACUACAUGAGCUUAGCUCCCGAUCAACUGAUCGAUGCUACAGACAAGGGAAAUGCAUCUCGGUUCAUUAAUCAUUCAUGCGAUCCGAAUUGUGAAAUCCAGAAAUGGGCCACAAGCAGCACAUACUCCGUAGGCAUAUUCGCGAUUCGCGACAUUAUUCCCGGGGAGGAAAUCACGUUCGAUUACCAAUUUGAGCGAAUCGGCAACGGAGCAAUUCCCUGCUUCUGCGGCAGUCCCAAGUGCAGACACAUUCUGGGCAAGCCGAAAGAGGUUCCGAACAUCAACAACGUAGCGCUGAAUCGAGUGGAUGAGAGCUAG